CAUCUGGCGAAUUUCAAAACUGCGACAAGACGCAUCCUGGACACGAGCUGAAGAAAGCCGGAAGUACGACGAUGGCAGAAGUGGAACAAGCGCAAGUGCCAGAGGGAAAUCCUCCUCGCAUAUCACCCGUUUACUGUGGUGUCUGCUCUUUACCGCCUGAAUACUGCGAAUUCCAGCCCUCCGUUGCGAAAUGCAAGGAUUGGCUAGAGCAAAACGACACUGAGCUCUUCAGUAAGAUCUUUGCUGGUCUGGAGCUCACGGAUAAGCAGCAAAAGACGACUGAGAAGCAUGAAGCGAAGCAAGCGCGCGCAAUGGAGAAGAAGAUGCAAAGUAAAGUGCUCAUUAAACGCAUUGAACGUGGAAAGCGGAAGUAUGUGACGGGCGUGUUUGGGCUGGAGGUCUUUGGCAUCGAACUGAAGCCAGCAGCCAAGAAGUUCGCCAACAAGUUCGCAACUGGCGCUAGUGUCUCGAAGAACAACCAGGGCCAGGAUGAGAUUGUCGUACAAGGAGAUGUCAGCGACGACCUCUUUGACUUCAUGACUGAGGACAAGUUCUUCAAGGCUGUACCGGAGGACAAUAUUGAUUGCAUUGAGGAGAAGCGCAAGUCUGUCCGUUGAUAUACCGUGUACGCUUGUCAAGGUAAGUAGUAGGUAGGCGAAACCUUCCAUACGGCAGAC